AUGCUUUUCAGAGCCGCCUUCAGGCCCAUUGCGGCCUCUACUCGCGCCGCCGGCUCCAUACGUGCCUCUCCUACCUGCGCCUAUUCCCGCGUUUCCCAGACAGUCCAAUCCGCCGCCGUAACGCAGCAACAGACCCGUGCGGCCUCUACUGCCGAGCAUGCCAUUGCUAAUCCCACCCUUGCCGGAAUCGAGAAGCGAUGGGAGGCCAUGCCCCCUCAGGAACAGGCCGAAUUGUGGAUGCAGUUGAGAGAUCGGAUGAAGGUGGAUUGGCAUGAGAUGACGAUGCAAGAGAAGAAAGCUGCGUAUUGGAUAGCUUUCGGUCCCCAUGGGCCCCGCGCUGAAGCUCCCAAGGGCGAAGGAAUGAAAGUCUUCAUUCAAGUCACUAAAUACUUGCUUAUCUCCUUUGGUGUCUUCUACGCAAUCCGCAUGUUUGGCGGACCUGCUCCUAAGACCAUGACCAAGGAGUGGCAGGAAGCAACUAAUGAAUAUGCCCGGAAAGAGAAAUUGGAACCUAUCACCGGUAUCGCCAGUGAAGGAUACCAGGGUAAAGGGUUUAUCCAAAGCCCAUCGGCCUCUAAGCAAUGA